CCGACGUUUUCUCAGUUUUGGCUUCUCACGCCCAGACCCUGCCGUUACUGUAGCUUUCACGCGCGGCCUGCGCGCCCCCGCCCCCCGGAGGGAGUCGCGUCUCACCGGGGGGGCGCUGUGGCGCGUCCGCGCGGCGCUCCCCCCUCUCGACGGGAAGCCGGUGGGAGAGGAAGGCGGCCGGCGGGGGGAGGAGGCGGCCCUAGCGCCAUUUUGUGGGAGCGAAGCGGUGGCUGGGCUGCGCUCGGACCCCUCGCCGCCUCACUGUCCGGUCGGGCUUCCCAGCAGCGGCCUAGCGGGGACUGCACCCCCCGGCCCUCAAGAAGCCAAACGUGAACAUCGCAGAACAGCGACCCGACAGUGCUGCUCGCCAGCCGAUUAUAAGGAAACAAUUUAACACAAGUGUCCAUCGCUCAUCUCUUUCUUCCCUUCAAGAAAAAUUUUAAGAUGUCGGAAUAUAUCCGGGUAACGGAAGAUGAGAAUGACGAACCCAUUGAAAUACCAUCGGAAGAUGAUGGGACAGUGCUGCUGUCCACGGUGACAGCCCAGUUCCCGGGGGCCUGCGGGCUGCGCUACAGGAAUCCAGUGUCGCAGUGUAUGAGAGGAGUCCGGCUGGUGGAAGGAAUUCUGCACGCUCCUGAUGCUGGCUGGGGGAAUCUGGUGUAUGUUGUCAACUAUCCCAAAGAUAAUAAAAGAAAAAUGGAUGAAACGGAUGCUUCCUCAGCAGUGAAAGUGAAGAGAGCAGUGCAGAAAACGUCUGACUUGAUAGUCCUGGGUCUUCCAUGGAAAACGACGGAGCAGGAUCUGAAAGAGUAUUUCAGCACCUUUGGAGAAGUUCUUAUGGUUCAGGUCAAGAAAGAUAUUAAAACUGGUCAUUCAAAAGGGUUUGGCUUUGUUCGUUUUACGGAAUACGAAACCCAGGUGAAAGUAAUGUCACAGCGACAUAUGAUAGACGGACGAUGGUGUGACUGUAAGCUUCCAAAUUCUAAGCAAAGCCCAGACGAGCCUUUGAGGAGCAGAAAAGUGUUUGUGGGCCGCUGCACAGAGGACAUGACCGCUGACGAGCUGCGGCAGUUCUUCUGCCAGUACGGAGAAGUGGUCGAUGUCUUCAUCCCCAAACCAUUCAGGGCGUUCGCCUUCGUCACCUUCGCAGACGAUCAGGUUGCCCAGUCUCUUUGUGGAGAGGACUUGAUCAUUAAAGGAAUCAGCGUACAUAUAUCCAAUGCUGAACCUAAGCACAAUAGCAAUAGACAGUUAGAAAGAAGCGGAAGAUUUGGUGGUAAUCCAGGUGGCUUUGGGAAUCAGGGUGGAUUCGGGAACAGCCGAGGGGGUGGAGCGGGCUUGGGAAACAACCAAGGAAGCAAUAUGGGCGGAGGGAUGAACUUCGGCGCUUUCAGCAUUAACCCGGCUAUGAUGGCUGCGGCGCAGGCAGCCCUGCAGAGCAGCUGGGGCAUGAUGGGCAUGCUGGCCAGCCAGCAGAACCAGUCGGGCCCGUCCGGCAAUAGCCAAAGCCAGGGCAGCAUGCAGCGGGAGCCAAACCAGGCCUUUGGCUCCGGAAAUAACUCUUACGGUGGCUCUAAUUCAGGCGCAGCCGUAGGCUGGGGGUCAGCGUCAAACGCGGGGUCGGGCAGCGGCUUCAAUGGAGGCUUUGGCUCGAGCAUGGAUUCCAAGUCCUCCGGCUGGGGCAUGUAGACAGUGGGUACGGUCGGUGUGGGCUGGCAGGAAUUCAGAUUUUUUAAACUCAUGGUAAGUAUAUUGUAAAAUAUGUACUAAGAAUUUUCAAGAUUGGUUUGUUCAGUGUGGAGUAUAUUCAGCAGUAUUUUUGACAUUUUCUUUAGAAAAAGAGGAAGAGUUAAAGGAAUUUUAUAAGUUUUGUUACAUAAAGGGUUGAAAUACUGAGUGAAAGUGAACUGCUCUUGCCUGACGGGUAAACCAACACACUACAAUUGCUAUCAGAAGGUUUCUCCUGUAAUAUUUUAUCCCUGGACUUGUCAAGUGAAUUCUUUGCAUGUUCAAAAUGGAAACCAUUGAUUAGAACUACAUUUUCUCCUUGUUUUUAAUUUGAGCCCCCACCAUACGGAUUUUUUCCUUAGGGAAAUCUCCCUUUUGGAGAUCAUGGUCUCCUGAUGUUCGGUUCUUUGUUUUUUUUGUUUUGUUUUCUUUUUUAACACUUGUCUCCCUUCAUAUACAAAAGUACAAUAUGAAGCCUUCAUUUAAUCUCUGCAGUUCAUCUCAUUUCAAAUGUUUAUGGAAGAAGCACUUCAUUGAAAGUAGUGCUGUAAAUACUCUGCCAUAGGAACACUUCUGUCUACAUGCUUUCUCAUCCAAGAACUCGCCAUCGCGCUGCGUCUUUGACGGUGGGUGCCCCAUUUUUAUCCGCUACUCUUUAUUUCAUGGAGUCGUAUCAACGCUGUGAACGCAAGGCUGUGAUAUGGAACCAGAAGGCUGUUUGAACUUUUGAAACCUUGUGUGGGAUUGAUGGUGGUGCCGAGGCAUGAAAGGCUGGUAUGAGCGAGAAAAGGAGAGAGCGCGUGCAGAGACUUGGUGGUGCAUAAUGGAUAUUUUUUAACUUGGGCGAGAUGUGUCUCUCAAUCCUGUGGCUUUGGUGAGAGCGUGUGCAGAGAGCAUUGAUAGCAAAUAAUGUACGAAUGUUUUUUGCAUUCAAAGGACAUCCACAUCUGUUGGAAGACAUUAAGUGAGUUUUGUUCUUAGGUAACCCACGUUAGCUGAAUGUGUUAAGUGAAAUGAUACUUGUACUUCCCUGCCCCUUGUCAACUGCUGUGAAUGCUGUGGUGCGUGUUCUCCUCUGUCACUGACCUGUAAGUGUGGCGAUGUGAACUGAAGCUGAUGAGCUGAGAACAUGGACUGAGCUUGUGGUGUGCUUUGCAGGAGUACUUGGAAGCAGAGUUCACCAGUGAGCUCCGGGUGUCUCAAAGAAGGGUGGAAGUUCUAAUGUCUGUUAGCUCCCAUAGAAUGCUGUUUGCUGCAGUUCUGUGUCCUGUGCUUGGAUGCUUUUUAUAAGAGUUGUCAAUGUUGGAAAUUCUUAAAUAAAACUGAUUUAAAUAAUAUGUGUCUUUGUUUUGCAGCCCUGAAUGCAAAGAAUUCAUAGCAGUUAAUUCCCCUUUUUUGACCCUUUUGAGAUGGAACUUUCAUAAAGUUUCUUGGCAGUAGUUUAUUUUGCUUCAAAUAAACUUAUUUGAAAAGUUGUCUCAAGUCAAAUGGAUUCAUCACCUGUCAUGCAUUGACACCUGAUACCCAGACUUAAUUGCUAUUUGUUCUUGCAUUGUCCAAAGUGAAAAAAAAAAUUUUUUUUAAUCUAGUUUUUCAUGAGUCUGGGUGACCGCACCUAAAAUGGUAAGCCACAGCGCCCUCAGCCUUUUCUCAGCGCCUCUGCGCAUUUAGCUGAUGUUCUGUUCCCUUGGCCUGUGUAGAUCUCUGUUGGGAAGUCAUGCUUUCUAAAAAUACUACUGGAGUGGGCAAAACGAUGUUAAUUAUCUUCAAAUGCUUUGUAGCAAAGCAUAUCAACUGAAAAGGGAAGAUCUGCGUCUUCUUAGUUUGGGGUUUGAAAAGUGGAAUUAAUUGCAAUAGGGAUAAAGUGGAAGAAACCACAAAUUUUCUUGUGCCUGAAAUCCAUUAAGAAGCCUGAGAGCUUUAAGCACUAGCGGGGUGGGUGGUCUGUCUGGACGUGUUAAGUGAAAUGGGCCUUGUCCUCCACGGCAGGGCUGGAGUCAUGUCGACAGUCGUUUACAAAACUCAGAUGAGACACUCACCAUGCGCUGUUAAAUAUGUAAUAGCAAUAAUACUGGUGCUGUUGUGCUUUCAUGUAACAGUGGAGCUCAUUUUCUAAUUGGAAGAAUGUAACCGUUCUGUGUUGAUGGUUUCCCUGAUGCCCUCAUCUAGUUAGAUUACGGUAAAUAGGCUGGUCAUUUUGCAAGUCGCUGUCAUAAACAUCUGUAAAUGAUGUCUUCCUGAGACUUGUGAUCGCCACCUUGUCUCGUUACUCAGUUUCCUCUGUAAAGGAUCUUGCGUUGUUUUAAUUUUUUUCUGCAUCAGAAUUGCAUGAUUUCCAAACCCUGUACCAUCUGAAUUUUGCAUUUUAGCACUUGCACUAUUACUCAGCAGCAGUAACAUGGUAACACUUAAAAUGGUAUUCGGGGACCUCCCAAGACUAAACUGACCAGCCUGCAAGGAGCCCAAGGGUAAGUUAACUUGUCGAUGGCAUGGUUUUACUCCCUUUUACACUUGUGUAAAUUUAGUUAUUGGUCACAGAAGGCUUUCAUUGUUGAGUAGCCUCCUAGUAACAUGUUGACGGUACUACACCAUUGUGGGUAUCUAAUUUUACCUUAAAAAAAAAUAACUGAAAUUUAGAAGUAAACUAUUUGGCAAAUAUUUGUUUUACAGUCUAUUUGGUCAUCCUAAUGCAUUCAUUCUAAAAAAUUUUUUUGAACCAAUUGAAUAAAAUUUUGUUGCCACCACAGUUUAGUGUCUGGAGUCUUACUGGAAAAAUUUCUUUUUCAUAUGUGACAGAAUUACUGGAACGUUAGCUUUAAAAAGUCUCUCAGGAAAUUGUAUGUUCAAAAGAAAUUAGGCCAAAACUCACAAUGAAUUUUUACACAGAAUGGUGACUGACUACAGUGAAACUUGGUUAAAUGUUAAUGAUUGAAAGUGUUAAGGGAGGAAUCCUCAACUAGAACUAAAAUUCAAUGAGGUUUUUAAGUCAGCUGGAGUGUUGUCCCUAGGAAAAGGUGGUCACUGGUUGAGGUCUGCUGUGGUCUG